GAAAAAUAGGAAAAAGAGGAGCAGCAGUUAGUUUAGUUUAGUAGGCAUAGCAUAUGGAUGGAUAGUGGGGCCUAUUCCAAUGGAAUCCAAUACAAUACAAUAAUGAAAUGAAAAGAAAAACAAAAGUGUCACUCUUUCUUCUUUACUAGUAAUCCGUUGUUGUUGUUUGUUGUUACAGACGGUGAUCAUUGACCGAAGAAGAAGAAGAAUGGGUUUGAUUUGGAACAGAGUUGAUAGACAGGACAUCAAACCUGGCGACCAUGUCUACACCUAUAGAGCUGUUUUCGCUUAUUCUCAUCACGGCAUUUUUGUUGGGGGUAGCAAGGUUGUACAUUUCAGACCAGACACUAAAAACUUCAAGUCAAUCACCGACGCCACAUCUUCAAACUCAGACGACAAUCUAACACCGACACCGUGUCCAACCUUUCCUGAUUGUGGAUUCAGACAACCAAAUAGUGGAGUACUUCUUUCUUGCUUAGACUGUUUCCUUAAAAAUGGUUCUCUUUACUCUUUUCAAUAUGGAGUUUCGCCCACAGUUUUUCUCACCAAAUUAAGGGGCGGAACAUGCACUACUGCAUUAUCUGACCCACCUGAAACUGUUAUCCAUCGAGCUAUGUAUCUUCUUCAAAAUGGUUUCGGUAAUUAUGAUGUUUUUCAUAACAACUGUGAGGAUUUUGCAAUGUAUUGCAAAACUGGUCUUUUGAUUGUAGAUAAACAAGGAGUUGGUAGAAGUGGUCAGGCUUCUUCUGUUAUUGGUGCUCCUUUGGCUGCAAUGCUUUCUUCUCCUCUUAAAUUGUUAGUGCCGAGUCCUGUUGGUAUCGCUACCGUCACAGCAGGAAUGUACUGCAUGAGUAGAUAUGCAACUGACAUUGGUGUUAGAAGUGAUGUGGUCAAGGUUGGUGUAGAAGACUUGGCUAUCAAUUUGGGAUGGAAUUGUCCCGAUGAUGCGGAGGAAGAAGAAGAUGAGGUAGUUGGAAAUGGAACUUCUAACUCGCCGAUUAUCAUAGAAUAAACCAUAUGAUCUUGUGCACAUGAAAACCUCUGCAUAUGUUAUUCUAAAUUGUUACAUUAUAUUAUACUAGUAAGUUGGUCGCAGAUAUAAUCUUCAUUUUACAUCUGCUGUACUGAUAUAUAAGGCUUUUCUCUUUUCUUUUACUUUUCCUUACCAUCAUAGUUGGUGUCUAGUUACUUGUGUUGGGCAUGGGAUGUUGUAAUUGCAAUAAGACUUGUAGUAGCAACUAAUAAUGUUUAAUUAUUAAAUCUUUAAUUAUCCUUUCA